AACAUGUCCAGACCCCUUCACUGCAAAACAUAUAAAACCAGCAGCCACAUCAUCCCCCAUUCCCACACUCAGUCCCCCUACCCCAACCUAAAAUCCCUAAAAUCAAUGUACGAGACCUACAUCACCCCUCCAAAACAUGACCUGUCCAAAGCCACAGAUCUUUGUCUUGAAAAUACUGUGGUAGAGAAGAGGAAGAAAAGCAGGUCGAACAGUCUUGUGAAGUAUUUAGUAGGGUUUAAGAAAGGGAAGAUUGAAGCAUUAAGAGUAAUGACAUUGGAAGGAUGAAGACUGAGAAGAAGAACACCCACACAUUAUGCAAGGGAGCAGGACUUCAACCUCAAUUCCAAUAGAAAUUCCAAGAUUAUUUAAUUUGGAAAGAUACAAGAAAAAGUAUGAAACAAAGAUAAAUUCUAAAUUAGAAGAGUUUAAGAAGACUAAAAGAGAUCUGAACAAAGCAUCGAUGAAGAAUUAUAUCUCAAAGCAUGGAGCAAGGACGAACAGGUGUAAUAAGUCUUCAAAGAAUUCACUGAUUUCUCCAAUUUCUCAAACUUCUUCUCCCUUGCACCCUAGUAGUAGGAAGAAACAGAAGUCUCCAUACAUGUCAGGAAAAGCUGGAUUAAAGGAAUCCCCUUAUUAUACAUCACCUGUAAGGAAAGCUACUUCUUCCGAAUCUAAGCUCCUCACUGAGCCUAAAUAAAUUCAGUCUAAAACAGGCAUCAAGUAAGAAGCACAACACGUGUCAGAAAUCUCAUAAAAGAGACACUACCUCCCGCUUCACCCCAAAGAAGCCAUUCGACAUCCCUAUGAUCCACUUAACUCACCGUAGAAGUAGCCAAAAGACUCUAAAAUCUACCCAAAAGACGCCUGAUGCAAGGCCGAAAUCCAGAGAUUCCUCAUUAUUGAAAUGUUGUACUCCUUCUAAGACAGAAGCCAACUACUCACCUGAGAUCAUCCUGAAAGUUACUAUUCUAGAUGCGGCUUGCAAAGUAAUGUCUCGUAAGAAUCCUUUAAGAUCUGCCAAAACCAGAAGAAAAAUGAGGAUUAGUAAAUAAAUUUUUAUCCCUUCGAAAGUUAUCCAAAAAACGGAAUGAGAUUAAGAACAGAAAGAGCUGAGAGAGGUCUACUGAAGAGCAAUCGGAGGAGAGACUUUCAAUGAAAAAUAGCGAGUGCUGUGCGCAGAGUUUAUCUAAAAGCGACUAUACUAAAAACCAUACCAGCUUAAGUAUUAAGUUAACAAAUCAGAAUAAGAAAGAUGAUAGAAGAAAGAACAUUGGUAUAAAAAGUAUCUUUGUUGAAUUAUGAUAAGAUUUCAAUUUUA